AUGAAAGCUAUGGCGGCGAUGUUAGGGGCACAGCAAGUUCCAACAGCAACUUGUACUCCAGAUAUUGUUGGGAAUGCAUUUGUGCAUCAGUAUUAUCACAUAUUGCAUCAAUCUCCUGAGCAUGUUCACAGAUUUUACCAAGAGAUUAGCAAGUUAGGCCGUCCUGAAGGGAAUGGUAUAAUGAGCAUCACUUCUUCCUUGCAAGCUAUUGACAAGAAGAUAAUGGCACUUGGCUAUGGUGUAAUCGGCGCGGAGAUAGCAACCGUGGACACACAAGAAUCUUACGGCGGUGGUUUUCUCGUACUGGUGACUGGGUAUUUGACCGGAAAAGAUGGUGUGAGGAGGACGUUUACGCAGACCUUCUUCCUUGCUCCACAGGAGACAGGAUACUUUGUCUUGAAUGAUAUGUUCCGAUACAUUGAUGAAGCCAACCAGAUUCCGGCGAAUAACAUCCAAGUUCCUGUCAACAUUCACCAGGAUCAAGCUGCUGCUCGAGAGAUUCCAGAUGACUUUGGUCAGGAGAAAUAUGUUCAAGAGAAUCAUGCUGUUGAGCAAUCUGAUGUGUUGUUGUCCAAGAGCAUCAGUGGGCCUGAAGUGUUCACUCCCUCCGAAGAUGAACAAGUAUCAGCUACAGAAGAAGCUCCGGCGCCUGAAAUAGUUCAUGAAGCUCCAAUUAAUGUGCAGAAGGUUGAAGAAUCUGAUUCUAGAACCGGCGAAGUUCCAAAGAGAUCUUAUGCAUCCAUUGUGAAGGUUAAUAAAGAGAAUGCUGCACCAGUUCCUGCUUCGAGAACCCCAACAAAGGUGGUGGAACCAAAGAGACAAGAAGAGCAAGCCCUUCAUUUUGGACCCAUAAGAGCCAACGGAAUUCAAGUAAGAAGCCAGAAGGGAUUCUGUUUUGGUUUCAUUGAGUUUGAAUCCGCAAGCUCAAUGCAAAGCGCGAUCGAGGCAUCACCUAUCAUACUCAAUGGGCAAAGAGUAGUAGUGGAAGAGAAACGAUCUACCGCAAGAGGCAAAGUAACGAAACUCUCAUGGAACCUGAACAGAUUUGUUGUUGAAACAGGGAACUAUAGAGGACGAUCAAGUAGGCCACGUUCAGAGUUUGGUGUAGGCACAGGCUACCGAAACGAAGGUGGUGGAAGAGGUCGUGGUGGGAGCUUUGGUGGUGGAAGAGGAGGAGGCUAUGGCCGGAGCGAGUUCAACGGAUAUGGUGGUAAUAACAGGGGAAACAAUAGAGGAGGAUACGCGAGCCGAGCAAAUGGUGACGGUGGUGACGGUGGCGGUGGUGGGUUCCGGAGGGUUAAUGGACAUGUGAGACGCGGUGGUGGAGUUGAUGCUAAUGGUAAUGGAGCUACGAAACCUGUGGAUGCUCCUCCUCGCGUUUCUGUCACUGCGUAA